AUGUACUCGAACUCAAGACACAGGGUCUACAGCACACAACAAAGCACACAACAACAAGGCAUGCAAGAUGGUGCAAAAGUAGCCACAGUACCACAGUUGUACCACUCUGUUUUGGGCGACCGAGAAAAAUGUCGGCGAACUUUCAGAGAGUUCGUGGUAUACGAUCAAGCUCAGGUUUACCCUGAGUGGAUCCUGUGGUAUGAACGGCAAUACAAAUAGACAUACAACUAGGUACUAUCACCAAGUAAGUAGACCGAGACGGGAGGAUAAAGGACGUGAACAAGAGUGCACAUUAAGGACUUCUUAGAAGGUUUUUAGCACUGAUUAAAUCGAGUUAGUCGAAAUACAUCUGAAAAACACAGCCUAGUAGGUAGUAAUAUAUUCUCCAAGAAUCAUAGUCAAUCGCCAAGUCUAGGUUGAUUUGCAUGUGACGAAGUAUCAUAGAUUUGGAAAAUUUGAAGAUUGAAAUUUCAAAAUUCAUUAAAUCUGAUGAAAAUAACUUGAAAUCCAAGAAAUUUUGUUUUUAUCGCCAAAAAGAUGAAUUUAAAACCAGAUGCAAGCUUUUACAUCAAAAGCAAAAUCACCAAAAACAUAUGGCUAUCCAGUUCAUUGGGGCAAUAGAAAGAAUAAUAUCUGAUGUAUUUUUACUGAAUUUUAGAUAGACGAGAGAUCUCAUAAAUCUGAAUCUGUUGAGAUUUUAGACUUCAUAGGAUUUUUAUGAUUACAUCACGAAGAUAAAAUAAGACAUUAUUCUUAAGAAGUAGU